AUGUUAUCCUUCAUAUCAUUUUCAUCACAGUCUACUGAUUCCACUUAUCAUCGAUCCGCGCGACAUCAUCCAGAUGUUGAGGAUCUUAUGGAUGUGGAUGACGAUGAUUUUUCAGGUUCUGAGCCGAGGCUGACUUGCCCAGGGGAGACCAUCACAUCGUCGCAAGCAUUCAUGCGUGGUCAUGGGACAUAUGUCGACAAAGAGGAUGUCAUUGCCUCCGUCGUGGGGACUGUAGAACGGGUGAACAAACUCGUGACCGUUCGUGCGAUUCGUACCAGAUACAAUCCAGAGGUGGGAGAUCUUGUCGUUGGGCGCAUAACAGAGGUUCAACCUCGAAGAUGGAAAGUAGAUGCCAAUUCACGUCAAGAUGCCAUCUUGAUGCUUUCGUCAGUCAAUCUACCCGGAGGGGUACAACGUCGGAAAUUAGAGAGUGAUGAACUCCAAAUGCGAAAUUUCUUUGAGGAAGGGGAUCUUCUGGUUGCCGAGGUACAAGCAUUUUUUUCGGAUGGCGCCAUGUCGUUACACACGCGAUCUUUAAAGUACGGCAAGCUGCGGAACGGCCAACUCGUGACAGUACCCCCAAUAUUGGUUCGGCGAUUAAAGUCUCACUUCAUAUCUUUGCCGUGCGGCGUCGACCUUAUUCUGGGGUUAAACGGCUACAUAUGGGUUAGCAAACAAGCGAAGGAUAGUGACCAAGGCGAAGAGGGUUUUGAUGCUGAAGCGGUGUAUUCGAACCAAAACGAUGAUAUCGACAAUGCUACUCGUGCAGCAAUCUCACGCGUCAGUAACAUUAUUCGCGUCUUUGCGGACCAUUUUGUUCCUUUAACGGAUACACUUUUACUGGAAGCCUACGAGUGGGUGAUCGAACAAGAAGGGGAUGCCAAACGUUUGUUAUUGGGUGAUACAGGUGAUGCGCUCGUCGCUGCCAUGAGUCUUAGAUGUUGAGCAAUGUGUCUCCGUAGUUACAUAUCAUCAUCCUCGUCUUCUACAUUGUCUUCGUCCACAUCGUUCUCAUCAUGCUCUGCGCUGUCCUCUUCUUCCUCGUCCUCUUCGUCGAUAGUUUGAUCAGCAACUCCUGCCUGAGGUUGCGGUUGCUGUUGCUGCUGCUGUGGUUGGGUCGUAGCACCAUUGGCCAUCUUUCUUGCCUCGGUCGCUCUCUUCAUCUCUUCUUUCUCAUCAUUGACGGGUAAUAAUCGGUCCAAAGCAAGGUCUCUCCAGCGUAAAGAGCCAUUCACACCACCCCCGCCAUAGCCCAUGUCCUCGAAUAACGCCCGAGAAGUUGGGUCAUAUGGUGGUCUCGGUCUUGCAGCUGGAUGCUUGAUAUUUGUUGGAUUCCCGUAGGGAUAUGAGGGGUGGA